AUCACAUUGUUGUUGUCACGGCAACCAUAAAAUAACAUUUUUGGCAGUUCGAGAUGCUGUGAAAAAGACUUAAUAUUAUCUGAUUGAACUUGAAUUACAGGUUAUUGUCUAAUGGCAUCAAUUGCCCGUUUGCCUUCACUAUCCAGUCUUGGUGGCGAUGUGACUCAACAAUUGUUACAACAAAUACCAUCUCCACCUAAACUUGAAGUAAUUUUAAGCAACACGAAAAAUUUUCCCAACAGAAAAUGGCAGUCACCGGAUGAUGAAAACUUAAAACCUACAAAAAUUGAAACAGAAAGACAUCGUAAUACAUAUUCUCACAACUUGUGUGUGGACAUGUUGAAGGAUGGAUUUCAUCAGUCUUUUUGCCAACUCUUUAAUUUGAUGAAAUCAAACAAAGAUGCUUUGCUUAAAAUGGCAUUUGAAUCUGGCUCACAAGAAGAACCAUUACUUCAAGAUCAGCCUCAGAAACUAGCAAAGAUAAAAAUGCAUCUUAUGGAUGCAGAAACUGCAGCAAGGCGAGGUAAAAUGGAUGUAGUAUAUAAUUCAUAUUUGACAUUGGCAACAUACUUUGAACAAUCUGGAGACAUUUCUAUUUCAAAUCAUUUUUAUAAACUUUGUUUGGAUACAAGUGUUAAAAGUGGUGAUGGACGACGUCGAGAGUCAGAAGCAAAUUUUAAUAUGGGAAUUGCUUAUGAAAAACAGGGUGAUUAUAGAAAUGCCAUGCAAUGUUUUGAACAAUUUUAUUUGUUGACCUCUGGCCAGUUAUGGAAAAUGGAAGAAACUGGUCGACUGUUGUUUUCAAUGGGUUGUGAGAGUUUACAAAAUGUUUAUACAACACUUGCAAACCAAAUAAAAGCAUCAAGUUCAUUGGAAAGUAUUUCAUAUUUAUUAAAAGCUUAUAAAGUUGCCAAAGAAGGUGAUGACAAGAAAAAUGAAGGAGAUGCAAGUUAUUUACUUGGUAUAACUUAUAUGGAGAAUAAUGAUAUUGAAACUGCUCUGUUGUAUCACAACGAAUAUUUGAAAAUUUGUGAAGAUACAAAAGAUUAUGUUGGAAUGGGAAGAGCACACAGAUCGUUAGCUAAAUGUUAUGAAAAACAAACAAACAUUGAUUUAGCAGUUGAACAUCUUCAGGAAUUUGUUCAUCUUUCCGAGAGAUCGAAUGAAAUAAAGGAAUGUCAGAAAGCGUAUUCCUCUAUUGCAGAAAUAUUGAAUUUUUUGGGAAAGUUCGAAGAAUCAGCAAAGUUUGUGGAGAGAUCUUAUGAACUGACAAAAAAAAUGGAAAAAGACGACGAAAAAAAGGAUUUAGUUCGUACAGAAUACGGUAUCGUUUCAGCAAAUCUUGUUUUGUUUGGAGUAAGUCAGUCAAUGGAAAAUAAAGCAAGUGAAAAUAUUAAGAAAUUACUGAACUGGAAGCAAUCAAGGGAAAAUACUUUUGUUUCAUCCAUGUCUAAGUAUUUACCAGUGGAAAAACUUGAGUAUGAAAGAUAAAGAUAAAAACAAAGUAAUAAAAUGUACUAAUAAUGUUUUAAAAGCUUUGAAAUAAUGCUUUGUCAUGUAUUGUUAUCCUUGUGGUUUGUGCUUGUACUUGCUAGUUGCUACGAUAUUCUUUAGUCAUUUUUAUCCACAAUUUUGCCAAAAGAGCUAGCUAUAUAAAAUUUCUUGCAGUGAAUCAUAAAAUUAUCGUAACAGAUAAAUGGACUUGGUAAACUUUUAAUAAUUUGCUUACAUCAUACUUAGCAUUAAUAAAAUUUUAAAUGACAUUA